UCUUUCGCGUGCAGCCGGGGCAAUCGCGUAGCUACUCUCGCUUGGCCACGACCGCGACCACGACCCUCGACUUUCCUCAUAAGCUGGCAUUAUCUCCGGGCCUUGUUGACUAUUCCUUACUGCACUCCAUAUAGAGAGAUCCAUCCAAACCUUGAAUUACAACCUGAGCCACACACAGCACACAACACAAAGUCAACAAACACAUUUCCCACGAAAGUACGAAUUCUACAUUUACUCGUCCUUCCAACCCACCUACCCACCUUCAGGUACACACAUCACCUUCCUGCGCCUCCAUCUCAUCUGGCUGCAAGAAACACUCAUCGCUUUUUGUUAGUACCACCAGGUCCUGUGCACCGCUCAAAUAUACGCGCACCGCCAUCGCAUCAGUCCAAUAUCAGGACAACUCACCAUUCACCACCACCACCUAGACAUUACUAGAGCUUGUGCUUUAGCUGUAUAUCUUGGGGUCUCCCCUCUCUUUGCCUCUCUCUUACUCUUAUUCUCACUUGCAUACAAACAUCCACAAAGAGAAUUUGAAAAAGAGUUGAAACACCCUUGUGUGUAGAAACCAUUCGAGUCGCGACCAAGCAGGCCCUCCGUCAUCCAUCACGACAAAGACACACCCCUAACACCUGACGCGCGCGACUUUCCUUUAGCGAGAGUCAAGAAGCUACUCCCUGUCUGUCGUUUGCGCGUGCUGCAACUGCACACUCCAAGGACCGACGUGCGCUACUGUGGUGACCAGACCCAGACCAGACCAGACCAGACCAGGGCCACCGCGAGCGAGCCGCGACUUGAAAAUUUCGCAAAACACAUCACACAUCGUCCUGCAUCUCAUCUUCUCACAUAAACAAUCUUGUUCCCCCCGAGUUCCAGUCUCUUAACCUCCACUACCUCUUCCGCCGCGAUACCCUCAGCUCCCUGUCACCCUACAAAGUUCUGCAUCUGCCGAUUGGCACUGGGAACGCGACUAAUCCUCCUUGCUCUUCAUUAGAGCCCAACCCGUGUUUUGGCGUCGAACCUGAGCAAACGUUUUGCCCGCGUUCAAGUCGCCCGUCAUCAUCAUUCCCAAGACUUCUGCAUCUCAGAUACACAACUUCACAUUAUCAAUCGACAAAAUGCCACCAGGUACCCGUCCGACGCGUGCACGCAUCGUGUCAAACGAGAACGAUGAGAACAGUGGAUCAAUGCGCAUGACGCGUGCCAAGGCGGCCGCGUUGAACGUUGAUGAGCUUGCUGCUCCUGGAAAGGCCGCCCUCGCCACGAAAAAGCCUGCCGUCAACGCGAACCCAGCAGGGCAGCGAAAGCGCGCCGCCCUCGGCGAUGUCAGCAACGUCAACAAGACAGAGACCGCUGUCCCAGGAAAGAAGCCUGCGAGCAAAAGCGGCCUUGUCUCAAAGGCUGCGCAACCCACCGGUAUCACGAAGAAAUCUAGCACCGCUACAACCAGAAACGCUGUGCCCAAAGAGAAGAAGGCACCUGGCUCCGGAUCCGGCGCGAUUCCCAAGAGGAAGCCCAACAACGUCUCAUCGAACGCGGACGCUGCGAAGGACGAUAACCUCCUCGCCGAGGGCGAGCCCCUGCGCAAGAAGCAUUAUGCCACUCAGCCCACUGAGAAGCGUCGAGCCAAACCUGAACCCGAGCUUCCUCCCUCAACGGCCCCCGUUGAGUCUGUGCCUGCCGGCAGCCACAAGCCGUUUACCUACCCGUCUGGUGUUAGGAAUCUGGAUGAGGAGGACCUGGAUGAUCCGUUGAUGGUAGCCGAGUAUGCUAACGAGAUCUUCGAAUACCUUCGCGAUCUGGAGUGCAACUCUAUCCCCAACCCCAACUACAUGGAGCACCAAGACGACUUGGAAUGGAAGACGCGUGGAAUAUUGGUCGACUGGCUGAUUGAAGUGCACACGCGCUUCCACCUCCUCCCCGAGACUCUCUUCUUGGCCAUCAACAUCAUUGAUCGCUUCCUCUCCGAGAAAGUUGUCCAGCUCGACCGCCUGCAGCUUGUCGGAAUCACGGCCAUGUUCAUUGCAUCUAAGUACGAAGAGGUUUUAUCGCCUCACGUCGCCAACUUUCGCCACGUUGCAGACGACGGGUUCAGUGAAGCUGAGAUCCUUAGCGCGGAGCGCUUCGUCCUCGGAACUCUCAACUACGACCUGAGCUACCCCAAUCCUAUGAACUUCCUUCGACGCAUCAGCAAAGCAGACAACUACGACAUUCAGUGCCGCACCAUUGGCAAGUACCUUAUGGAGAUCAGCCUCCUUGACCAUCGAUUCAUGGCCUAUCGCCCCAGCCAUGUUGCAGCUGGCGCUAUGUACCUGGCUCGGCUUAUCCUCGACCGAGGUGACUGGGACGCUACCAUCGCAUUUUACGCUGGCUAUACGGAGGACGAGAUUGAGCCUGUCAUUCGUCUCAUGGUCGACUAUCUUGCGCGCCCCGUCGUCCACGAGGCCUUCUUCAAGAAGUACGCCAGCAAGAAAUUUCUCAAGGCAUCCAUCCUGACGCGCCAGUGGGCCAAGAAGAGUGCCGAGCACUUUGGUGUUGUUGACGUUCAUCUCUCUUUGGAUCAGAUCUCGACCCGGGAGGAGGACAACUACCCCGAGGAGGAUGAAGAACAAGACGACUACUAGCGACAUCGCACGCAUUCUGUUUGUCUUGGAACGUACUCUGGACUUUCAGGAUAUCCUGGACCAGAGUGGUUGGAUGAGCAUCAGCGUUUACGGCCACUGUUACGAAUGCAUAGAUCGACGACCCGCACGUUCAUGGUGCAGCAUCAUCCCAUCGUUGCGCUUCAUUUGGUCUCUAGAAAAACGACCCAUGGGUUAGUGUAGGGAGGGAAGGAUGGUUCGCCCUAUUGCUUUUUCUGUCUGGAUUACGUGGUUCAGACUCUCAGCUGUCGGUUUUCAAGCAGCUGUUUUGCGCUGCUUAUUUUUGUCGGUUACACAUCUUUCCAGUGCAUUGGGACUUCGUUUCUCUAGUCUCACGAAUGGCGCAUGGAGUCAGAGGUCAAGGAUAUCACGAAAGCGGACGGUCUGGCUGGAGUUCGUUGACUCUGUCUUUUACUAGUCUGGCAAGACACGAGGCCCAUUGGUCUGCGUAUUCCAGGCCAGGUUCGUCGUCUAAUCAGUCCUCCAGUCCGGGGGGUAUUUGACUGAGGGAUAUUGGAGGAUCGGUCCUCGAGAGGAAAGGCAAUACACACACUCUCACACUUGGAGGGGGUUGGGGGUUGUAGGCGACAACAAUCGUGCAAAAAGUUGUACAUAUAUCUGUUCGGAGAAUUGGGUUCAGGGGGGUAAAUAUAUUGCAUUGCGUCUUUCUGUUCGAUCAUGAAGGGUUCAGUCACAUCCGGUCUGAAUGAACAAGGCCAAAUUGCGCAGAGGAUCUAGUGACUCUAA